AUGACGGACACUACUUUGUCAACAAGCACCACCAACGCAGCCAACAUGGAGCAGCAAGCGGCGACUCUGCUGCAGACGUUGAAACGUCCCGCUGCGCCAUCCGAGGCCAAGAUCCAGCAACUACAGGCGCUCAAAUCAGACGUCAAACAUUACCGCGUGCCGGAAAGCGCGCAGUCGAUCAUCUUCGAGUGCAUCAAGGCCGCCAUCACCCAGCAGGCCUCCGCGACCCUCGCCAGUACUGCCUUCUCCACCCUCGGCCAUCUGCUAAAGCGACUUAACAUCCAGGAUGCCUCGGGUCAUGCCAUCCGCCAGCUUGCGCCGCGCCUUUUCCCGGCCAUUCAGGACAGACUAAACGACUUGCGCGAACCUGUGCGCAUUGCCGCAGCGCAGGCGCUUACAGACUUGUUUCCAUAUUGUGCAGGAGACGUGGAGCAGAUCGUACUGGACGAGGCCAUCGGUGGUUCCAAUGCACGAGCCAAGGAGACUGGGAUGAAAUGGGUGGUGAAGAUGCACAACGAGGAGGCCAUGCCAUUCAAGGGCUACGUCUCGUCAAUUGUCGCGCGACUGGAGGAUGCGGAUGGGACAGUGCGCGAAGCUGCAAAGGCUGUCUUGAUCGAGCUGUUCAGCAAAGCGCCCGACAGAGCCAAGACAGACCUGAAGAAACAACUGAAGGCACACUCCGUACGGCACUCCAUCGCAACUCAGAUAUUGGCAGCUUUGGACCCACCGCCGCGAAUACACACUGGAAACGACAGCGAGCCUGAUCUAACCACCUCGACCAGAUCCUUGCCAGCCGUCGACCACAUUGCACACUUUGCUGAGACGCUCAACAGUGAAGCUGCGCAACCGCCGCCGGUCGAGACCGUGCCAAUGGAUCCGAUAUACGUGCACACUCAGAGGGAGCUGGAAGACACGUUCCGCGACAUGCUCCCCCACUUCGAGGGCAAGGAGACAGAGCAGAACUGGAUGCCACGCGACAAAGCGGUACUCAAGAUACGACGUCUGCUAAAGGGAAACGCGGCCAACGAGUUCCACGGGGCUUUCAUGGCAGGCAUCAAGAGCUGUGUCGAGGGCAUGCUAAAAGUUGCGAACUCGCUGCGCACAACCAUGUCCUCAAACGGCUGCCAGUUGAUUCAGGAGCUUGCAAAGACCCUUGGACCAGCCUUGGAUCCUCAUGUCGAGAUAUUAUUGCAAUCAUUCAUCAAAAUGAGCGCCGCGACAAAACACAUAGCAGCGGAGAACGGCAGAAUUACCGCUGACCUGAUUUUCCAAAAUUGUUCAUAUCACGUACAAAUGAUGCGGCACAUAUGGAUCGCCGCGCAGGAGAAGAACGCUCAAGUGAGACAGUACGCACCGGACUGGCUGAGGACUGUGCUGAAGCGUCAGUCGAGCUACAAGCAUGGAUUUGAAAGUUCUGGCGGGUUAGAACUCGCCGAAAAGUGCUUGAAGAAGGGGCUCGAUGACGCGAAUCCGAAGGUGAAAGAAGGCAAUCGUACCGCGUUCUGGCAGUUCAGUAAGACAUGGCCUGAAAAGGCGGAGGCAAUCAUGUCGAAACUCGACCCCAAGAUGWAGACGGCGCUGGAGCGACAUCCACACAAUCCUCACGCAGCUCUUCACCAAUCGCAUAGUGCGGUUGUCGCAACUGCGCGUCCUGCAGGUACAUCAAGUCGGACCGCGCUACGGGAGAUGCUGGCAGAGCAGAGAAAGGCCAAAGCUGCAGGAAAGGUCCCGGCUCGUCCAAACUCUGCGAUGGCCGACCUUUCCCCUGUAAAGUCCAGGACGACGCCUGCAGGGAGCGCCAAUGCUCGUGGUCCUUCCAAUCUAUCAAAAGUUACAAACCGGAAUGUCUCGUCAACAUCCAACGCAUCAGCAGCUGAUCCUUCCGCGGCGACGAAGAAGGGUAGUUCCCUGAUGUCAGGACCCGUACGAAGGCCGCGGAGGCCUGAGGUCCCAAGGCCCCAGACGGCCGAWCCAUACAGUUCGAGAAGAAUGCUCCGGCCUGAGACACCGGCAAGCAAUGCAAGCCCUGCUGGGAGCCCUGGGAGGGGAACUGGUGCAUCUAAAGCUUCGUUCGCGUCUUCAACUGCCCGAAACAGAGCAAAGGCCACAGAUAUCGCAGCAGGAAGCCCAGUAGACAGCCCAGUCAAGCGUAGCCCAGGUCUUCCACGUGGCCAUUACCAGAACGGUCCAGAUUCCAGGCCGACGAGCAAGGGCAGCGUUGGGWCAAACGCAGGAAACACAAGCAGUGCUCGAGAUGACCACUUCUCUAUGGCUGUGCCUAUCAAUGGAGCUUCAAAUCGUGGCGCGUUCUCCCCGGGCCACAAGAGGGCUACUGGCCAGUCAGCGUCGAUGGACAGUGGCAUCCCGCAGAUGACUGACGACGAAGGAUUCACCAUGGUAAUCCCGGAUCUCGGUGGAAGUCAGUCACGGGCACGCUCGCCUCUCGCGUACCGUAACCCUAUGAAGGCUAUGUUCGAUGAUGCGCGAGAGAGAGUGGGCAAGCUCUCGCCCGAAACCGAACGAUACAUACGGAAGCCAAGUGACGAGGAGGCUAGUCAACAGGGUGGCCCAGUCAGAUCUCCCGCUCCUCAAGCUGAAGAAGUGCACAUCUACGAGGACCCUUUCACCGAGGACGAAGCCCGAGGCGGGGCGUCUGAAGACCGCAAAGUCCUGGGUGAAUUACCUGUGAAUGAGAACGUUCGCUUAGGGAGCCCGACCUUGAGUGUUGGGUCGAACACAAGCCCUUCGAGCAGUCCGCGCCAUGAGGAGUCGCAGGUUCCCACCAUAUCGACUCCUCAAGAUCGCACAGAUGCCAUGCGGAAUCGAAAGCUGUUGGACUCAGGAAUUCAGCGCAUUCGAUCGAAAGCACUCGAUGCUCACGGGUUCCGACGUGUGCAGGAACUUGUCCGGUCCAAGACCGAUAUUUGGGAUGGCGGCAAGAAAUACGAUGAGCUCAUGGCCGUACUUCUGGACUACCUGCGAACGUUCGAUCGAGACGUGAAGCUAAACCAGCAGCCUCACAAAGCCGCUGGAUUGAAGACGCAAGCGCUUGGACUGGUUCGUGCGCUUCUAGCAUUGUUUCGGAAAGAUGCGGUGGCAUGGCAUGGCAAAGCUCUGGUGUCUGUGCUGGUAUGCAGGCAGGGGAUCGACGGCAGUAGCCAUGUCCUGGCGGAUGUGCAACGAACAGCAGACGAGAUCGUUCUGGAAGCUGCGCCGGAGUCAUGCAUAGAUGCGAUUCUCGCAUUUCUGCCAACAGCCGCGGAUGAAGAAACGUCCCCUCACUCUGUUGCCAUGGCGCUUGGUGUGCUCCGACAGCUGCUCACGGCGGCUAAAGACCGGGAAAUCGAUCUGGGAGAUGAGAGAAAAGCGAACGUCGCACGUACUACUGCAAGUCACCUGGGAGACGCUGACUCUGAAGUCCGCAAGGCGGACGUCGAGCUCGCCAGCGAGCUGUUCGAUAUUUUCGGGCCUGCCAAGGGAGAGUUCUGGACCCAGUUCAAGGGUGUUGAUGAAGGACGGCUUGGGUUAUUGACAUAUUACAUUGCGAAGAAGAGCAAGUCUGUCACUCCGUGA